GAUGUGUGAGUGAGGGUGUGUAGUGUAGUGUAGAUGGGGUGUGUGUAGCGGGUGUCGCCAUCUAUUGAGCGCGUGGUGUACUCUACAAUAGGUGUUAGAGGGAGGGCCACAUUGAGGCGGCCAGCAGCGCGAGACGGCCAUAUUGGACACUACCGGCACACUCAUCCACCUUCUCUCACCCAUUACACCGCCUUUUUGACUUACCAACUCCAAAUUUUUACUGGGAAUUAAUCGAGGAGGCCUUUAGGAAGAGCUGUAACUCAAGAUCGCAGUCAGGAAUGUUAUAGGGAUGGCACUAGAAGCUUUCUUGGGGUCCAUGAUGACUUAUUUUGCAGUUACAAGUGCUAAAAACACUGGGAUAAUGUGAAAUGUACCAAAUGUAUGCGUAGAUGCGACCGCACUGGCUGGCUUGUAAACACUGGUGCUGAGGCCACUUGUGGGACGCGUCCCGGACGAAUCACGCAAGACCUGGCUGGGUUUGGUCGGACGGUUUACCGGGGGCUCCACAAGAUGCCGUUGGCAAGCCGUGCUCGGGUUUAUGCAGAUGUCAAUGCCCACAGACCACAUGAAUAUUGGGAUUAUGAAUCUCAUGUUAUAGAAUGGGGGCAACAAGAUGAUUAUCAACUCGUGAGAAAACUUGGCCGAGGCAAAUACUCUGAAGUGUUCGAGGCUGUAAACAUCAACAACAAUGAAAAAUGUGUUGUCAAGAUUCUCAAGCCUGUCAAGAAGAAGAAGAUUAAGAGAGAAAUUAAGAUACUGGAAAAUCUGCGAGGUGGGACCAACAUCAUCACACUCCAGGCUGUCGUGAAAGAUCCAGUUUCUCGCACACCAGCAUUGGUGUUUGAACAUGUUAACAACACUGAUUUCAAACAGCUAUACCAGACGCUUAAUGACUAUGAUAUUAGAUACUAUCUCUAUGAGCUUAUAAAGGCUCUAGACUAUUGUCACAGUAUGGGAAUAAUGCAUCGAGAUGUUAAACCCCACAAUGUCAUGAUUGAUCAUGAACAUCGGAAAUUACGACUCAUAGAUUGGGGGUUGGCGGAAUUUUAUCACCCAGGACAAGAGUACAAUGUUAGAGUGGCCUCCAGAUACUUCAAGGGUCCAGAACUACUCGUAGAUUACCAGAUGUAUGAUUACUCUCUUGAUAUGUGGUCAUUGGGUUGUAUGCUGGCGAGUAUGAUAUUCCGUAAAGAACCCUUCUUCCACGGUCACGACAAUUAUGACCAGUUGGUACGCAUUGCCAAGGUGUUGGGCACUGAAGAGUUGUAUGAAUAUGUUGAGAAAUAUCAAAUUGAGCUAGAUCCUAGGUUCAAUGAUAUUCUUGGAAGGCAUUCACGAAAGCGGUGGGAAAGGUUUGUUCAUAGUGAGAAUCAGCACUUAGUAUCGCCAGAAGCACUUGACUUUUUGGACAAAUUACUACGCUAUGACCACCAAGAGCGCCUCACGGCUCAUGAAGCUAUGGAACAUCCAUAUUUUUAUCCCAUUGUAAAGGAACAAGGUCGCCACAUGAGCUCACCAACACCUGCUGCUCCUGCUUUAACUGGGGUCUCGGAAUAGAAUUGGUACCGAUGCAUCCACUAAUACGUGGAAUGUAAGUUAACCAGCCUUAUGUGGAACUGCCCUGGAGUUGGGGGCCUUGCAGUUCAUGCUUUGCAUGCUGCAUUGAUCACCAAGGGUCUUGUGCCACUUGACCCAGCCUCAACUUGUUAAGAUUUGGAACACAGAGCCGGCACUGAUUGUAUAUAUUAUAUAUUUUUAUAUUUAUAUAUAUGAUCAAGUGCAAGCAGUAUAUGAUGUGUGAGUGUGUGUGUAUAUAUAAAAUGGUACACAGGAUGACUCGCUUAAACAUCCUUAUGACCUUGAAAAUCACAUAGGCUUGAAACAGUGCUGAAUGGUACUUCAGGAAAUUGGAUGACUGUAUUUUGUUCAAUAGGUCUUGCUUAUUAAACUAGAUUGUUGAAUGUGGAAGAUUAUAUGCAAUUCAUCAAAAGUCAUUGAUCAGAGGAUGAAAUACAGGGAUUUGCAGAAACUUUGUGAUUUCACAUCAUGUUUAAAUAAUGUGUGUCACAUGCAGUUGCUGUCCUAGGUGGUAUACCCCCCUUAUUUUUUUUUUAAACUCGUAUUUCUUUAUUAAAGUUUUGGCAGUGUACCAUAUUAAGUAUUGAAAUUGUCCCUUGAAGCAGACAUCAGUGGGACUUAUCUGGCUGUAAAUAUCAAUCAUGGACCAUUUUAUUAUAUUUUUUUAUUAUAAAGAACUAUAUGCAGCUACACAGAAAAAGUGUGUCGUGAAGUUUACUAGGGUGGACUAAUGCAACCAAAAUGAGCACAUAAAAUAUUUCUCUAUUGGUGCAGUUACUAUAGAAAUAUUUCGUACACUGAAAGAUAGUAAAUCAUAAGGAUUAUCAUGCUUGUAAAUAACUCAUCUUUCAUUUGGAAUAACUUAAGGAUGUUACCAAAUUUUUUGUUGCAGUUCAUAGAGUAAUGGUUUAAAUACAUUCAUUAGUUUCCAGUCAUUUGAAGCCAAAUUCUGGUGGACACACUGUAAGUGAUUGAACAAUGUUCAAUGUAAAUGCUCUCAAGGAAAUUCCUAUUUCUUAUGGUUAUUAAAAUGUUGUAAUUA